AUGAGCUCCAUGACCGCCGUAAUUUGUGAAACGGAGAGCAAGUCCCACCCCACCGUUUCCCGUACCUCUACGCCGCACUUUCCGAUCUUCGACGUCUCGAUCUCUGCCUCCAAGGUUUUUCAGAGUCUCAACGAGCUGAACGACAAAAUGAAGCCCUCGAGUAGCUCCAAAUCUCUGAUAAAGAUCUCCAUUGGGGAUCCGACCAUUGAUGGCAAUCUCACGCCUCCCGAUUCCUUGAAGGAGGAGUUGAUCGAGAUCAUCCGAAGUGAUGAGUUUAAUGGCUACCCCCCUGUCCUCGGCUAUGACGAGACGCGUCAAGCUGUCGCGGAGUACUGCCAGAGUUUCUGCCAGACUCCCGAGCGCAAGGCGUUGAUUAAUUGGAAUAAUGUCGUGAUGACCUCCGGCGUCUCGCACGGCAUCGAGCUCGCGAUCGCGGGGCUGUGCAAUCCAGGGGAUGCCAUUCUGGUCCCGGAGCCCUGCUUUCCGCAUUAUCAGGUCGUCUGCAGCCGGUACGACCUGACCUGCAUUCCUUUUCACCUCGACUCGACGCGGAAUUGGGAGUGCGAUUUGGCCCACGCGGCUGACCUUCUGACGCCGCAGACGCGGGUUUUUGUGAACGUGAACCCGUCGAAUCCGUGUGGGUCGAACUACUCCCGCAAGCACCUGGAGGAGAUUUUGGAGUUUUGCGAAACGCACAAGCUCGGGAUGCUCUCGGAUGAGAUCUACGGCGAGAUCGUCUUUGAAGGGUCGCCGUUGGUCUCCGUCGUGGACUUUGACAGCCCUGUCCCGCGCGUGGUGAUGUCAGGGGCCUCGAAGUGGUAUAUUUGCCCGGGCUGGCGAAUCGGCUGGGCGGUGCUAAUCGAUCCGGAAGGGGUUGCGGAGGGGUGGAUGUCAGGGAUGGACCGCCUCGCGCAGAUGAUUUGCGGCCCUAAUUCGAUUUGCCAGGUCGCGGUUGGGCGGGAAUUAAUGCGGGAUUCAACCAAACGCAGGGCGGCGAUCUGCCAAAUCCUACGGGACGGAUUGAUGGUGUUUGAGCGGCUGCUGGAGCAUGACAUUGGUAUUUCCUUUGCCAAGCCCUGCGCCUCCAUGUUCAUCAUGUUGGGCGUCAACUUUGACUACUACAAGGACAUUUCAACCAGUAUGGAGUUUUACGAGAAAUUGCUGGACGAGGAGAACGUACAGCUCGUUCCGGGGGAAAUAUUCGGAUCCAACGGGUUUGUUCGUGCGACCAUAUGCCGCCCCCUACCUAUCCUCAACGAAGCAAUCAAUCGCAUUAUCUUGUUUUGUAAACGCCACAUGAAAUCUUGA